GGUGGCGCUGCCAAUUCUGCGACGUAACAGCAUCUUCCGGGUCGGACCUUCUUUACACCGUUUCGCUUCCUUAGCAGUCCUUCCGGCUUGACCGCCAUCACAGACAGCAGACAUGGCUAUUCGCUACCCUAUGGCCGUUGGCCUGAAGAAAGGCCACCCAGUUACCAAAAACGUAACUGCCCCCAAACACAGCCGCCGACGUGGGCGUCUGACCAAACACAGCAAGUUUGUUCGUGACAUGAUCCGCGAGGUGUGUGGUUUUGCUCCAUACGAGAGGCGAGCCAUGGAGUUGCUGAAAGUGUCCAAGGAUAAGAGAGCUCUCAAGUUCAUCAAGAAGAGGAUUGGUACUCACAUUCGCGCCAAGAGAAAGCGAGAAGAACUGAGCCUCGUGCUGGCCGCCAUGAGAAAGGCUGCUGCCAAGAAGGACUAAAGUGUCUCUUAAUAAAAGUUGCUAUUGUAUAAAAUCCAAA